AUGCAUUUCGUGGGCAUAAAAAUUGAUCAUCAGCUCAUCGCCACAUUGGUGGAGAGAUGGCAAAAAGAGACACAUUGCUUCAACUAUCGCGAAGGAGAGUGCACUAUCACUCUAAAGGACGUCGCCAUCCUAACACAUCUGCCCAUCGACGGCAAAGCGGUGUGUGUGAGUGAUCAUGCGCCCGAGGAUGUUGGUGAUAUGACCGGUUGGCAGCAUUUGAUCCACAGUUUUUUGGGGGGUGCGAGUGCCAAUCAAGGGGAGCGUUGA